GGGCGAUGUUCGUUACAGUGGCAAGAAAAAACUGUAUGAGAACAAACACUUCAUGAAUAGAGAGAGGUGAUUGAGCUAUGGAGAAGCUGGAUCACGUAACAGUAUCUAUCCUUACAGCUGCAUGCAUUGACGAGCCCAUGCUCUUAACUUUGAGCCGCGAGGAUCUGAGGGACCUGUUUCCUGGGCCUGAACACUUUCUCACUAGAAAGCGUGUGUGGUCAGUAAUUCACCCUGAGGAAGACCGUCCUGUAACACAGACCCCUGAAACAUAUUCUUCACCCAGGGUAGUUCCAACAGCCAGGCCUCAAAGUCCUGAUGCUAAAAAAAGCCAGCAGAAGACCUUGCAGCUCCCCAGUCCUCCGGAAUAUGUAGUGUACACAGACAGUGAGUUGGAGCAAUGCAGAAAGAGUUACUAUGAUUUGGCCCAUGUUAGCCGGGAACAUGAAUGUGUCAUGUCCAAAGAACUGAGAUGCAGACUAGUGAGAAAUACAAUCACAAGUAUGGUGUCCCUUUUGAGAGCAAGCGAAGGCCAAAUGGAGCGAUACCCCUCUAAGAACGAAAUCACUGCAAUGGCCAAAAUAAUCGUGGAAUAUUAUCCUAUGCUAAAGGAUAAUGAUGCAAGCGUGAAACACGAGAGCAUCAACGCAAAGUUACUAAAAAGGCUGCAAAAUAUUAAAACUCCUGUAAAAAAGCAACGGCCAACACCAGACAGGGGCCGGCCAAAGAGAAGACUCACUGACCUCUCUCCAACUGAUAAAGAAGCUGAUGAUGAAGAUGUUGAUUGCAGUUCUUCCAGUGGUGCAUCUAAUCUGCUGUUAUCACCUGCAAGCAGUUCUGAUGCUUCCACUUCAUCUGGCAGGGUUAGUCCGCAAAUACAAGCAAGACUUUACAGAACAUUACAAGAAAUGUGCAAGAAGCCGAAACCAAACCAAGAAGAUGUGUCCCAGUUAUUAGACCUCGAGUUUGACUCCAGAAGAGCCUUCAUUGACUCAGACUCCUUGAAAGAGGAGAACAGAGCUUCCCACAUCUUGGAUGCAUAUCCAUGCUUUAAAGAACUGCAUCAUGUGUUGGGUGAGCUGCGCAGAAUUUUGGAUCCACACAACAACAAGUUCAUCAGUCAAAUCAAACAAAGAUGGCAAGAAUUUUGCUCCAGGGUGGAAUUCUAUGGUGUGUCAAAGAAGGCAAUGAAUCCACCAAUGACUAUGGACAAAACUGAAGCCCAUCUUGCAUUGAUGAAGGCUCUUCCAACACUCUUUCCCUCACCUGCCCAUCCACCCAAAAAGAUGGGGACUGCUUCUGAUGCAUUUCUACAUGUCCUGAAGCCUACAGAAGAUCCAGAUGCAGUCCUCCAGAAACGAAGCUUGUCAUGUCCAGUGGUGAUGUUCGAUGGAUGCAAGUGUGUUAUUGCUGUUGGGAAUUUGCCAGUUACAACAUUUGACAAAGAAAAACUUGGUGAGGCUAUGAUUUAUGUGAUGGCAUACUUUUAUACACUCCAUCUGACUUAUCCCAAAUGCGUGGCAACCCUACUGUCUGUCAUUCAGACAGAAGUUCUCCAGGAUGCUAUUCAUGAGCGUGACACUACAUCAUAUUACAAAAAAGCCCUGGCCGAAUGGUACGCAUUUAUUGGAAAGUAGUUGUACAUUUAGUGAGAUUAUGGGGUACAGUUACUGAUGGAACUGUAAUUUAAAGAGCUGCACAGACCAGAGAUCCCCCCUUUUCUUUCACUUAGUUACAUUCAAUGUAUUUUAUAUUCAUUAUUGUGCCUUUUACUAUAACAUUCCAGGUUCAGUCGGUCAGACAAUAGGAUUAUGUUGAAAUCCUCAUGUUUAAUCCACCAUCAUCUAUGGCCUGCAGAUGGUUACUGAAAUAUCUCAUGUCUCUGACCAAAUGAACCUUGAAAGUUAUACUAAAAACCUGUUGAUUUAUGCUUGUGAUAUUGUUCAUGUUGUUUCUAUUAUAACAUUGGUUUUGGUUUUAUGUUGAGGACAACACAGAACUCUUCAUCAUGUUCUCUCAUAAAAGUGCAGCAUUUUUGUUCAUGUUUGCAUAUUUCAGUAAUUCUCUACACUACAUUUAGUUUGAUCUCAGUAGAAACAAAAGUUGACAUGUUUAAACAGGUUUAACCCUCC